ACCUAAAAAAGCAAAAAGAAUUACGGAAAGAAGCGAAUGACAAAAAUUUAAUGAUUAGCUAAUCAACUAAUUUAAAUAUAUGAUGUUUGUUUUAUCGAAGAAAAAACUUGAUUACUGAAAAUAGAAAAUGGAAUUUUGAUCAAAAUAAAUCAGAAAUUGAAUCCAUUUACUUGACUAUCAAGAUGUAAUCAAUAAUUUUUAUCAAAAAGUUUUCAUUUCCUGCCUUUUCACAUUAUACUAUUUUUAGACUUAAUGAAUGAGUAUUGGUUCUUAAUUGUCAAUGAGCAAUUUAGGGUCCUUAAAUUGCUCAUUUACAGAAUUUUAACCUCUACUCAUUCAUUUAGUAACGUUAAAUGGUGCUUAUGGACUUAGGCUAAUAUUUGUGGGUUUUUAUAAAAAUUCUUGUGACCAUUGUACAUAUUCUUAAUUGUAAUAAUAUCACUGAUUGCUUUCAGUAAUGUUAGCCUAUAUUAAGAAAUAAAAUAUAACUUCUAUAAAUAAUGAAAAU